AUGGAUAGUGACAAAGUGACGUUUAGAGGAGCCACCGUCCAAGUCUUGGCCGCAUUUUUAAUAUGUUUCGUGGAAUGCUUAACGGGUAUGCUGUUCUACUGGCCAUUCUAUAACAUACCAAAUUUUGUAUCCAAAGAAACCGUUUUGUCCAAACCUAUGACUUCAGUCGAUGUUUCAUUGCUGGGAGGUUUAACAAAUAUUGGGGCGUUACUCCUGGCGCCUGCUUGUGGUUUGGCAAUAAAUAAAUUUGGACGGAAGAAUACAUCUAUGCUCAUUGCUCUGCCUUUUAUAAUUGCGUGGACAAUAUUAUCCAUCACGAAUUCAGUUCCCUGGGUGAUCAUCGCCAUGGCCAUAGCUGGCUGCGGUACAGCAGGACAAGCAGCCUGCAGAAUAUACAUUGCUGAAUUUGCCCAGGAUUCUAUCCGUGGAGCUGUGAUAUCAUCAGCCGUUUCUGUCUAUUACCUCGGCGUUUUGAUCUCUUAUACUCUAGAAGGUUUCUUAUCGUACUCCCAGAUGAUACACGUUGAGUUAAUCAUCACGCUACUAUAUGCUGUGGCAGUGUGCUUCUUAAAAGAAUCACCAGUUUAUUUGCUUCAAAAUGGAAUGGUGAAGGAAGCUGCUGAAUCAAUCGCUUUUUAUAAACAGACGACUCCUUCAUCGAAACAAGUUGAGGUCGAGAUUGCCAAAAUUAGGUUACAGCUUCGUCAUAGGCCAAACAUUUUAAUUGAAGAAAACGAAGAGUCUACUGAAACAUUGGAAUUGCUGCCAACCUCAGAUGUAAAUGUUUUUUCAGAAUUUAAGUUUUUAAAAAAAUCUCAGUCUACCCGACGCGCCCUCAUCACCUGUUUGGCUGCCCUGGGUACCAUGACCUUUAUGGGGAAUAUUCAACUACAAAUAUACGCAGAAACCUUGUUCGCUGUGACUGUGCCAUCUUUGGACUCAUCCAAGUGCACUGUAUGGCUGGCUGUAGUUUUCUUUGUCGCUUGUUUAUUGUCCUCGUUUAUAACAGAGUGGUUAGGCAGAAAACUGCAGAUGACUUUAACGUGUAUCGGCUCUUCGGUCUGCACUCUGGUAUUGGCAAUUCAGACACAGUAUGAAUGGGCUCCAGACUGGUUCACCGCACUCAUGAUAUAUUUUUACAACUUUAUUUUUAAUUUAGGAGUCUCCGUUGUGCCCUAUAUAUUGAUUGGAGAGUUGUUCUUGCCUCAGGUAAGAGGAUUGUGCAGUAGCCUUAUCUUGACAGCAGGUUGGUUAAUGAAUUUCAUCGCAUUAUGCAUCUUUAUACCUUUUGUUGAAGAAUACGGCUUCACACCACUGUUCUACGGAUUUACUGCCGUCGGCCUUUUGGGUGCUAUCUACUCUUUCUUCUAUCAGCCAGAGACUAGAGGAUUAUCUGUUGCUGCUAUUCAAAACCUGUUUCUAAAAAAUCCUAGGCAAAGUGUUAUUGUUUAA